GGGAACGACGAAGACGAUGACGAUGACGAGGAAAUUUCUCGGUUGGUCGACGAGGGCAAGCCAAUCGGGUCACCCAGAUCCAAUAAUGAAGAAGAGUCGAAGCGAGCUUUCUCCAAAGUUUACGUGUGCGCGCAGAAUCCUAUGCAUACCUGUAGUCACGCACUCGUGUGUUCGGCAGGAGACUUCUUCCUCGCAUACUGACGAACGGCCAAUGAACGGCCAAGAAUUUUCGAGAUGACUGUCGGGAAGAGUAUCCAUUUAUUACUCGUCAUCCUUUCUUCUAUGUCCGUCGUUUCACGCUCUUACGUGCCCGAAGCCACAGGUAGGAGAUUAUUCGGCGGAUAUAGAAUAGUGCCGAAAGCGUGUCAACCGACGAUACCAUCCCGGGUUAAGUCAAACGAGCCAGCUAUAUGCAUGUUCAAUUAUGAAUGCUCGCGACGAAAUGGACAAGUGGUCGGCGCUUGUAUGGACGGUUUCCUUUUUGGCGCGUGCUGCCAAUUGCCGUUGAAAACAUUGACCGGCACCAACGUCGAAAACGUCCCGAGCACCGAUCAAAUAUUCAACGUACACGAAAUCGAUCACGUGCCGGAUAUUCCCAUCUUGUUAAAUCCAGACGGGACGCCGCUCGGGAUGACGGUGUCCCAGGACAAUACCGUCAAGAUGGAUAUUCAUCACGCGUCCACCCAGAUGGACAAAAACCAAGGAAUCACGUACACUAAAAUUUCAACGUUCGACGCCCCCUCUUCGACCACCAUCAAGUCGAUAUCCGGGAUCGGGCAGAUCCAAGACAGCGUUGAGAACGCGGAGAAACCACAAUUACCCGCGCAACCAGACGUAACCCAUCUGGAAGAGGAUUUUCCGGCUCUGCUGGGUCAGCAGAACAUCUUGGACGAUCUGGGUCUCCCGGGAUUGUUGACUCAUUCGAAUAAUAACAUACAGAAUCAUCAGAGCAAUCCUAUCAUUAAUCCGGUUACCACUUUGCUAAGCCCGGAUCAGAUACUUCAGAUAGCCGAUCCGGUUGACCAACUUCCGGCCCUGUUCUCCCAAGGAUUGGGCCAGAACAAUCACACCUCGCCCGACACGAUAUUAUUAAACGAGAAUGGGACGAUGUUAAACGAGACCAACAAUCCCGAUGAUUUGUUCAAACCUAACGUCGAGUCGACCUCCGUCGAGGAGAAGAGAGUGACAGAAACUUUGAGCACCACUCAGAGGCCGAGAGUGACCGAAAGCGUGUCGUAUACGGAAAUCAAGAGGCCUUUCCACGACCACACCACUCAUCGGAUCAGCACGUCGACGACACAGUGGAUUAAAUUCUCCGAUCAAUCUUCGUCCUCCACGCACGACGCCACGGAAGAUCAAACGUUCGGCACGUCGUCGAUGACGAAAUUGCCGAUCACCCAAUUGUACGCCAACACGCAAAGGCUCACGACCGCUUCCCUCCCUCAGGAGACGGCGAUCGAUAACUUCGAAAAGAUUAGCACGUUGAAAGAAAGGGUAUCGACCAAGGACGUGGAGGCUGAUGAACCGAUCGAUAAAAUAACGACCACGCCGAUGACUACUGUUCUAAGCGACAAGAAGAACGAAUUGAUCAGAGUCCCGACCAUCACUUACGACGCACCCUCUGGAAAUAAAAAGGACGAUAUGAUAGACAAGGAGGAAAUAGCGAUUAAUCACAUAAUAUCGAUCUUGAACGACACGAAACCGGGCACGGGAACAACGAUUCAAACACCGAAUUCGUCCAUUAAUAAAUGGGUCAGCAUCGACGAAACUUCGAAACCGUCGUUGGUUCGAAUCUCCACUAAACCUCCUUUUCUUUCUCAACCGACCACCGCUGAAUCGUUCCCUUACACCUUCUAUAAACCUGGACAAUCGUCUAAUUAUUACAGCUACGAAACGAUCCCCACGGAUACGACUCACGCUUCGUAUUCGACCUCGAACGCGCAUUCCUCGAGACCGUCGACCCAAUCAAUUUUCACCAGCGUCCCGACUUCCGAUUAUUCCACGACGAAAGUGACCACGACGAAUCCGCCUGCACCGACAGUCAUUGUCCUAGGCCCUCUGGGCACGGAAUUCACCACGGAGACGACUCAGAAAACGGUGACGAGGAAGCCGUCGGUGGCGGAAAGUGGCGGAUCCACCGCGAUCUUCAAGCCUACGAUCGAAUCGACGAGGCCGAGCCCGCUCACCACGAAAAAGCCGAGCGUUUCCACCACCAUAACUCACAACAUCAGCACAGUUAUCUCGAACGUCGCUACAAACAACGUGGUCUCGACCAGUUUCUUCAGCGUGAACGUGAAAGACGGCGCUACUUCUGAGCCAAUGGUGGACAGUGGUAGCUAUAACACGAAAUCCACAACCUCCCAGACCGAGAUAAAUUCGGAGAGGUUGUCGACGAGAAGACCCACGAUUUGGACCACCUUCUCCACGUGGUCCGACAAACCGAGUUUCCAUCUGAAACCAUCCACUCCUUCGAACAUAGUUUUCACCGAGGAGAACAUAGGAGAGCAUGUUGACACGAUAAUAUUCAAAGAUCCCGUCGUUUCAACCGAGACGUAUCCAAUCAAAUCAACCACCGCUCCGCCACAUUGCGACGAAGAGACAGCUGCGCCCGACGACCUGAUCAAUUUCCCUCCAGUUCGAAAUCCGAAUCUCAAUAUUUCGACUCCGAUUUCGCAACAGGAAAAACCAACCAUCGUCGAAACCUUCAACAACACGGGUUACCCAGACAUCGAGAUAUUAAGCGAAAACGAUAUUCCAACGCCAACCUUCAUCGAGGACGACGUGCUCACGAACAAAGUGGACACGUUCGUGAACAAGAUCAUGCAAUCGUUGCAAGACAACUUCCAGGAUCUGAAGGAUAUCGUGUACAAUCGCGCCAACGCUACGUCGAGUCCACCACCUACAAAGAGGCCUGCCAUUUCCACCACGAGGAAACCGUUGCGAAAGCCAACUACGACGAUCAAACCUUCGUACAUCACGACGAAGAAACCGGCGACCACGAAGAGGCCGUCGAUCAAUCGUCCCACAACUUCGAAACCUUUCGUAUCGUCUGAGAAACCAGUUCGCCCUUCGAAACCGACUACUCUGAAACCAAAGCCAAACACGGUGUCCAGCGCGACCACGAAGAAACCCCAGAUUACAACGAAACGUCCGAGACCGACCAAGAGGCCUACUACAACGUUGGCAACGAGUACGGAAGAGACAAUUAUGGAGGAGGAGAGCAGUACUUCCGGCGCACUCGAAACUACCACGAGUCCCCAGAUCUCUUCGUCCAACGAUUUUCGUUCUCGUAAGUUCUUUAUUGUCCUCUUCGUGAUCGUUGUUCAAGUUCGAUCGUUUCGUCGUGAAUACCCUCUCAUUGAUCCAACAUGGAAUUUCACAGAAUGCGGCGUAAGACCUUUAGUCAAAUCUGGAAGGAUCGUCGGUGGCAAAGCAGCGACAUUCGGCGAAUGGCCGUGGCAAGUUUUAGUUCGAGAGGCAACUUGGUUGGGUCUCUUUACCAAAAAUAAAUGCGGCGGUGUUCUUAUUACAGACAAGUACGUCAUCACUGCUGCUCACUGUCAACCAGGAUUUUUGGCAACAUUGGUCGCCGUUUUUGGAGAAUUCGAUUUAUCCGGCGAAUUGGAAGCAAAGCGAAGUAUAACGAGGAACGUUCGUCGAGUAAUCGUGAACAGGGGUUACAAUCCAACUACGUUCGAGAGUGACUUGGCUCUUUUGGAACUGGAAUCACCGAUACAAUUUGACGUUCAUAUCGUCCCAAUUUGUAUGCCCGAUGAUGGUAUAGAUUUCACUGGUAGAAUGGCUACCGUGACCGGUUGGGGACGAUUGAAAUAUAACGGUGGUGUACCCUCUGUUCUACAAGAAGUUCAAGUGCCUAUAAUUAAGAACUCCGUAUGUCAAGAAAUGUUUCAGACAGCUGGACAUUCUAAAUUAAUUCUCGACAGCUUCCUCUGUGCGGGUUAUGCAAAUGGACAAAAAGAUUCUUGCGAGGGUGACAGUGGUGGUCCAUUAGUAAUGCAACGACCAGACGGAAGAUGGUUCUUAGUAGGCACGGUAUCCCAUGGAAUAACAUGUGCUGCACCUUAUCUUCCAGGUGUAUACAUGAGGACGACUUACUUCAAACCUUGGCUACAAAGUAUCACUGGGGUCUGAAAGACAGAAAAUAGUGUAUUUCCUGGACAAGGUGACAGGCACUGAUGAUUACGUGCCACUUGUAUAAAUGUACAAAGGAAGAAUUAAUUUAUUUCCUUCGGAAUAGAUUGAAGAAUAUCGUCCAAUUGAUUAAAAGGACAUAAAUACGAACAUGAAUACGUUUCGUGAAUACUAUUUCCAAUUUUAGAUAAUUUUUCUUUGCGUCGUCUGAUUUCGUUCUUCUUUUUUUCUUUUUUUAACAAGUAAAUACUUGUUAGAAUAAAUUAUUUUCUUGUAUCUCGAUUGUUUUAAAUUUUGAGAUAAUAUUACGAUACUUAUAACAAGUGUUUCGAGAUAUUUUAUUAACGGUAUACGAAAAUUCACCACCGUGUAUUUAUGUGCAUUCAAUAUUGAACGUAUUGCGUGUUCCAUGUAUUGUAUAUACGUGAGUACGUAUUACACGUACUAUAUGUAUACAGUUACGAAAUGUGAGCCUUAUUUAUUUCGUUGUUAGAUGUUAUUUAUUAAACUCAUUUUUAUACGAGAUAA